GGCACCGGGCUUGGGAGCCAUGUGGCCGAAUGGCAGCUCCCCGGGGCCCUGCUUCCGGCCGAUGAACAUCACCCUGCAGGAGCGGCGUCUCAUCGCAUCGCCGUGGUUCGCGGCAUCCUUCUGCGUGCUGGGCCUGGGGUCCAACCUGCUGGCCCUGAGCGUGCUGGCCCGGGCCCCCUCGCCGCGCUCGUCCUUCCUCACCCUCCUGUGCGGCCUGGUCCUCACCGACUUCCUGGGGCUGCUGGUCACCGGUGCCAUCGUGGCGUCGCAGCACGCGGCGCUGCUGGUGUGGCAGGCCGCCGACCCCGGCUGCCGCCUCUGUCGCUUCAUGGGGGUGGCCAUGGUGUUUUUCGGGCUGUGCCCUCUGCUGCUGGGCGCCGCCAUGGCCUCGGAGCGCUACGUGGGCAUCACGCGGCCCUUCUGGCGACCGUCGGCCACGUGGCGCCGCGCCUGGGCCACCGUGGGGCUGGUGUGGCUGGCGGCGCUGGCGCUGGGGCUGCUGCCGCUGCUGGGGCUCGGCCGCUACACCGUGCAGUACCCGGGCUCCUGGUGCUUCCUGACGCUCGGCGCGCGGCGCGGCGACGCCGCCUUCGGCCUGCUCUUCGCGCUCCUGGGCAGCGUGUCCGUGGGCCUGUCCUUCCUGCUCAACACCGUGAGCGUCGUCACGCUCUGCCGCGUCUACCACGACCGCGAGGCGGGGCGCCAGCGCCCACGCGACGGCGAGGUGGAGAUGAUGGUGCAGCUGGUGGGCAUCAUGGUGGUGGCCACGGUGUGCUGGAUGCCCCUGCUGGUCUUCAUCGCACAAACUGUUCUGCGGACGCCCCCGGUCAUGAGCCCCUCUGGGCAGCUGUUGCGGGCUACCGAGCACCAGCUGCUCAUUUACCUGCGUGUAGCCACUUGGAAUCAGAUCUUGGACCCCUGGGUCUACAUCCUCUUCCGCCGGUCAGUGCUUCGGCGCCUGCACCCACGGCUCAGUUCUCGGUUCCAGGCUCUGUCCUUGCACCCACCCCCAGCCGAAGCCACACUCAAUGGGCCCUGAAGGACAGUGUCACCCAAACCUCAGGUCCUCAGUGACUGCCACAGGCCUGCACCCCAUCCUAGGAGCCUGAGUGCUUGGCAGACUAAGGAGGGGAGCCACUGACAUAGGGCUGACUCCUGUGAGCCCCAAGAUGCCUCCUCAAUGCUAGGGAUGUCCUCCCUGACCCUCCAGAGUCUCCCUGCCCAGUCUGGGUAGGGUGCUUGGGUCACAUGUGGGAGGCCCCGUGCAGGAGCUGUGGGGACCAGCUGAGACCCAGAGCCUGAGGCACUAGGGGGUCCCACAGUCAGGUCUGGAGUCACCAACUUCUCCAGUGUUUACUGAGCCCCCUCCCCCACAGCUGCAACACACUUGCUCAAU